UAGGCUAUCAAAAGCAAAGUGAGAGCGCGUGGCUGGGUGGCCACACCCCCGUAGUGUGACGUCACACAGGAGGCGGGAUGACACUUGAAAUAUGGGACGAAGACACGCCGCGUCCACGCAGCAGAGUGAAGACUUUUUGUACUGGAGGAUGACACCACCUGGACCGCACCUGGACACCACGAGGACGAGUCUCUGCCGCUUGUAGAGAAAGUCCAAACCGAUUCGGAACCACACGCCAGUCUGGGCGCUUGAGGUCGUCGACCCCAGACAGUCACAACAAGAAGUACAAGGAGGAGGAGAAGACUUGUUUGUGGACUAUGACGUCAGAGAAGACAAAAAUGGAGGACGAGGCGGUCCUGGACCGAGGGGCGUCGUUUGUCAAGCACAUCUGCGAUGAAGAGGAAGUGGAAGGUCACCACACGGUCUACAUCGGUGUGCACGUGCCCAAGAGCUACCACCGCAGGAGACGCCACAGACGCAAGUCCAGCCACAAGGAGAGGCGGGAGCGCCCCGAGCACGGCGCCGAUGGCUACAAGUUAGACUGCGAGAGCGUUGACGAGACCGCCGCCAGCAUCCUCAAACCCCUGAUUUCUCCGGCCGAGAGGAUCAGGUUCAUCCUCGGCGAGGAAGAUGACGGCCCCCCUCCUCCUCAGCUCUUCACCGAGCUGGACGAGCUGCUGUUGGUGGACGGGCAGGAGAUGGAGUGGAAGGAGAUGGCCAGGUGGAUCAAGUUCGAAGAGAAGGUGGAGAAGGGCGGCGAGCGCUGGAGCAAACCCCACGUGGCCACGCUGUCCCUGCACAGCCUGAUGGAGCUGAAGACCUGCAUCGAGAAGGGCACCAUCAUGCUGGACCUGGAGGCCUCCACGCUGCCGCAGGUCGUCGAGAUGGUGACGGACAGCCAGAUCGAGAGCGGCCAGCUGAAGGCGGAGCUAAAGGAGAAGGUCAUGUACACGCUGCUACGCAAACAUCGCCACCAGACCAAGAAGUCCAACCUGCGCUCACUGGCUGACAUCGGAAAGAGCGUCUCCAGUGCGAGCAGGCUCUUCUCCAGCCAGGAGAACGGUACCCCCAAAACCUUUUACACACCAACUAACCUUUCUUUUCUCUCCUACUUGCUCUUUAUACUAACGCCCUUAUUUCAUGCUUCCUUCCUUUCUUCUUCCUGCUUCUCUCUUUGGGCGGGCGUCAAAGCACGAAACCUCACUGAGCACCCGGUGCCUUGCAUAUCCCCACAAGACCCCCCAGAAGACCCCUGUGAGGUCCUGAGGAGCUCCAGCAUGGGAUACCUCUGUAGUCCGACCACAGCCCACCGGAACCUCACCUCCAACAGCCUGGGCGACUUCUCUGACAAACCGGAGAAGGAUCAGCUGAAGAACAAGUUCAUGAAGAAGCUGCCCCGCGAUGCUGAGGCGUCCAACGUGCUGGUCGGCGAGGUGGACUUCCUGGAGACCCCCUUUGUGGCGUUUGUUCGCCUGCAGCAUGCCGUCAUGCUGGGGGCGCUCACCGAGGUCCCGGUGCCCACCAGGUUCCUCUUCGUGCUUCUGGGUCCAAAAGGGAAAGCAAAGUCCUACCAUGAGAUUGGAAGAGCCAUCGCCACCCUGAUGUCUGAUGAGGUGUUCCACGAUAUCGCCUACAAAGCCAAGCACAGGCAGGACCUGCUGGCUGGUAUCGAAGAGUUCCUGGACGAGGUCAUCGUCCUGCCCCCCGGCGAGUGGGACCCUGACAUCAGGAUAGAGCCGCCCAAGUCGCUGCCUUCCUCGGAUAAGAGAAAGAACCAGUAUGCCGGCUUGGAGGCCCCGCAGAUGAACGGCGACGCCCCCCAUGAUGCGGGUCAACCUGGGGGAGGAGGUCACCAGAUCGGCGAGGAGCUCCAGUGCACCAGAAAGUUCUGCGGCGGUCUCAUCCUGGACGUCAAGCGCAAGCUGCCGUUCUUCGCCAGCGACUUCUACGACGCGCUGCACAUCCAGUCGCUGUCCGCUAUCUUGUUCAUCUACCUGGGCACCGUCACCAACGCCAUCACCUUCGGCGGCCUGCUGGGCGAUGCCACGGACAACAUGCAGGGAGUGUUGGAGAGCUUCCUGGGCACGGCCCUGACCGGGGCGGUCUUCUGUUUGCUGGCAGGGCAGCCCCUCACCAUCCUCAGCAGCACGGGCCCGGUUCUGGUGUUUGAGAGGCUCCUCUUCAACUUUAGCAAGGACAACGGCUUUGACUACCUGGAGUUCCGGCUGUGGAUCGGCCUGUGGUCGGGCGCGUUCUGCCUGGUCCUGGUGGCGACAGACGCCAGCUUCCUGGUGCAGUACUUCACCCGCUUCACUGAGGAGGGCUUCUCGGCGCUCAUCAGCUUCAUCUUCAUCUACGACGCCUUCAAGAAGAUGAUAAAGCUGGCGCACCACAACCCCAUCAACGCGCACUACGACGCCGACCUCAUCACGCAGUACGACUGCCGCUGCCAGCCCGGCAACUCCUCGGACCUCUUUGACGUCGCCGCCCUGACAAACAGUUCCGAUCUGUCGGAGAACGCCACCUGGGCGUCGCUGAGUCGCCGGCAGUGCGUGAAGUUCGGCGGGAGCCUGGUGGGCGAGGCCUGCGGCUACGUGCCUGACAUCACCCUCAUGUCCUUCAUCUUGUUCUUCGGCACCUACACCUGCUCCAUGGCGCUCAAGAAGUUCAAGACCAGCCGCUUCUUCCCGACCAAAGUGAGAAAGCUCAUCAGCGACUUUGCGAUCAUCUUGGCCAUCCUCCUCUUCUGCGGUGUGGAUGCUCUGGUGGGCGUGGACACCCCGAAGCUCAUCGUGCCAAGUGAAUUCAAGCCUACCAGCCCAACCAGGGGCUGGUUUGUUCCUCCCUUCGGGGGAAACCCGUGGUGGGUGUACCUGGCCGCCGCCCUCCCCGCCCUGCUGGUCACCAUUCUAAUAUUCAUGGAUCAGCAGAUCACGGCGGUCAUCGUCAACAGGAAGGAGCACAAACUCAAGAAAGGGGCGGGCUACCACUUGGACCUGUUCUGGGUGGCCGUCCUCAUGAUGGUGUGCUCCUUCAUGGGCCUGCCGUGGUACGUGGCCGCCACCGUCAUCUCCAUCGCGCACAUCGACUCCCUCAAGAUGGAGACCGAGACGUCGGCGCCCGGAGAGCAGCCCAAGUUCCUGGGCGUCAGGGAGCAAAGAGUGACAGGCAUCAUUGUUUUCAUCCUGACUGGACUUUCCGUGUUAAUGGCCCCCGUCCUCAAGUUCAUUCCCAUGCCCGUGCUCUACGGCGUCUUCCUCUACAUGGGCGUGGCCUCGCUCAAUGGCGUCCAGUUCAUGGAUCGCCUGCAGCUGCUCCUGAUGCCCGCCAAGCACCAGCCGGACCUCAUCUACCUGCGCCACGUCCCCCAGAGACGCAUCCACCUCUUCACCUUCAUCCAGGGCGUGUGUCUGGCUCUCCUGUGGGUGCUCAAGUCCACCGUGGCCGCCAUCGUCUUCCCCGUCAUGAUUCUGGCUCUGGUGGCCGUCCGCAAGGCCAUGGACUACAUCUUCUCCCAGCACGACCUCAGCUACCUGGACGACGUCAUCCCGGAGAAGGACAAGAAGAAGAAGGAGGACGAGAAGAAGAAGAAGCACAAGAAGAAGGGAAGCAUCGACUCGGAGAACGACUUUUCCGACUAUCCCUACCAUGAAAAUAUCCCCCGUAUAAAAAUCUCUAUGGAAAUGAUGGAGCAGGAGCCCAUGUUGUCUGGGAAAUCUUUAACUAGAGAUGAAUCGCAGACUUUCCUUAACGCGCAUUCACCGUGCUAAGCACUGCUUGGAGUCGUCCACCGUGGCCGAGUACCCUUGAGAGAGGUUCAUACACGAAAGGUUCCCCUCAGAUCCGAAUCGACAGUGACGCUGAGGACAACUGCUUCUUCUGGAAGAAAGCCUCCGAAACGGACCUGUGAAAGAUUGAAGAGCAACUAUUUUUUAUUUUAUAAAUUGUCCUUAGAAGUAUUUUUUAAGUAUUCCUUUCAAAUCGUAAUGGCUGGAACUAUUUUUUUAAAUGAUUGUUAUGAUGAUGAAGCCUCACAUGAUCUGUAAUGCUUACGAUGUGAGGUGUGAGGUCGUCUCUUAUGAUGGAUAUCCUCUUUUAUUUAGCAUUUAGCUGAUUAGAAUUAGACAGCCUGGAUGCAUUUAAGAAAGCAACAGAUGUCUCACACUGUCUGUGUGUGUGUGUGUGUGUGUGUGUGUUUUUUGUCCCCCCCCCCAACAACGCGAUCAACCAUAUAUUUUUUUUUUAACUCAAUUGUAUUUAAUCUUUUUUUGCGUAUUUAUUUUGUUGCAAAUUUUGUCUUCUUUAGAUGUAGGCCUUCUCUUUUGUGGUCUCCAAGGGACCUUCAUGUGUCAUUAUUUUUAGUAUUAUUAUUAUUAUUAAUAAUAAUAAUAACAAAAAUAAUAAGAGUAAUUUCUGUAGUUCUACCUCUUAUUUCUCUGUAGGUGCCAGACAUUUAUAUAUUUAACAACAUCAGAUGUGCAAUUAUAUUUCUAAUCAAAAUGCUGUUUUGUUGUUUUUUUUGUCCAAAUGGCACUGUACAAAAGAAAUAAUCAAUUGCAUAAUUUGUUUUCAAUUCUAAAUCCUCCAAAGGUUUUUUUUUUUUUUUUUUUUUUUUUAGUAAUUCUCUCCAAAUGCAUUUUCAUUUAUGAUUUUAAAGUAGGGGUGCACAGUAAUUACCGGACCAAUAUGAGGGAAUUAUGAUAAAUCCGAUUAAUUGAUGGAUUCCUGAUAAUAAAAAAAAAAAAAACGCUCCACUGAGGCCAGAUUGACUUUCUGAGGAAGACGUUGUGCGUGCUAAAUGUCCCAGGUGCUCUGCAAUGAAGCAACGCCGCCAUCGAGCGCACAAAAUAACCUUAUCGGCCACCUGAAGCGCCAGCGCGCCGCCAUGUGAAAAGGGUAAAAGUUUUUCAAGAGACCUCCGUGGCGUCACACCGGCUGCUCAGAGCAGCAGCCUGCUGGCCCACAGCAGGUGGCUCCCCCCGCUCUAUACUGUGGUUGUCCUGAUAGCAGGGAUGUGGUAGUGGUCAUGUCAUGAUAUUUGAUUAGUCAACAGGUACACUUGGUCAAAUCCACAUUUCUACAUGUCCUUCUUACCUCCAGGUGUGCACAAACGACAGUCUUAAAAUUUUAAAAGCAGAUAUAAAAUCGGAUAUCGGUCUUGAGGAGCAUAAAGUUAUCUGUAUUGGUUUAAAAAGAAAAGCUAUUUUUCUUUUAACUAUUUAAUUACCUUUUAAAGUGAAAAAUCAAGUGACAUUUUCCAAAACAUACAUAAUGAUCAGGUCCUGUAGUGAAACUUUCCUUUUGAGUCUGAUAAUCCUUUCAAAUGUGAUCAUAGUUAAAAGCUGUUUUGUUUUUUUAAUGUUCUCUAUAAGAUGUCUUCCAACGCUUCCAUACCAAAUCGUCAUAUUUCACACAGACAGUAUUUGCAAAUGGUCCUCCUAGGAAAUCCACUCUAUGCAAACGAGGCUGCGGGAUUGUUGAAGUAUUUGCUGUAAGUUGUGUCCGUGGCGAAGUGAAUGUGACCUGCAGGAAAGCAGUGGAAAUACGUUUGGACGCACGAAGCUGCUUUUAAAGCACAAAACAAGUCAUCAAUGUAGCUGUGUCAUUUGGUGAUUUUCUGAAGUGUAGCCUGACACUUACUUUGUACAUGAUGCACCUUAUGGGCUCAAUCAUUAAAAAAAUGCUGCAAAAGAAACGUGAUUUCUGAUUUAUU